GUGAAAAGACCCCUGGUGGCAUGUGUGGUGUGGUGGGGUGUGUAAGUUGACUGUGCAAACCAUUUGGAAUUUCCAAUUUCCAACAAAUUCAUGUUUCUUAUAAAAAAACAAGAAGUGACGUAGUAGUCAGUCUUUCCUUAACUCUUAGGAAUAUUGGUCCAAGAUACUAACCUUUUGACUAAAUGUUAUACACUAUAAGUGAACUUGACACCUUAAAAUGUGCGGACUUGAUACAUAAAGUGCAUUAAUUUCUAAACAGUUUAACAGAUAUGUAUAAAAUAUAUCCUCAAACAAAAGGUGACAUCCUGUAAUGUUGCCUCAUUUAAAAUAUUUGAUCUCAAUUCCAAAAUGCUACAGUAUAGAAUCCAAAGAAAAUGUUUUACUUCACUGUCCAAAUAAAUACUUAGGGGAGUGUAUGUAUUUCUACCCUAAUGUCCUUCAAGUUAGCACUUCUCACUUUCUUACCAGUGGCUGGCCUCUUAAGUCCUAUUCAUACCACACUGUUGAGUCACCUGUGCUUCAGUGAACACGUUUGUCUGAUGUUUAAUUAUGGGUCCCCACUCAAAUACAGCAGCACUUUAUGUGUCUGUCUGUGUGGCCUCUCCGGCAUGUGCCCACGUGUCUCCCUCAAAUAUUACUUAAAUGACUUAAUGACUGACCAUAUGAAGUAAACUCAUGAUAGACUAUGUAACUAUUUAGUAGACUAUGAUGGGAUCGUUUAUUAUUUUAUGCUAAAUAGGAUUUACUUCAUCAGUUUACUUCAUUGAGUCCAAUAUCACUACUUAAUGACAGUUACAUAUAUAAUACAUAUAAAUAUAUAUAUAUAUAUAUAUAUAUAAUAUAAAAUGGCUGCAGUCAGUCAGUGAAUGAAAUGUCAGUGUUCCCACAUCUACAGUAUAGGUCUACUACUCUCACCAACAGUGUUCAACAGUGACAAACUCUAUCCACGGCUUGCAUAUACAACCGAUGUGAAUGUUUGCGUAGGUAGAUUGCGCAGAGGAAAAGUGUAACUCGCUGCACUCUGUACUGCUAAGCUGCGUUCCUAAUGGCACCCUGUUCCCUAUAUGGUCCACAACUUUUGACCAGGCCCCAUAGAGCUCUGGUCAAAGUAGUACAUUAUAUAUGGAAUAGGCCGCCAUUUGUGGCACACGCUAGUCUGCUACUGCAAGUGAGUGGGGGAGUCAUGUUCGGGGCUCGGCAUUCAAGGCUCCACUUGUCUGGUUAGAUUUGACAGCUUGUGGCUGCUGCAGGAACACCAGUCCUGUUCCAGUUCCCCUUUCUGGGCCCUUCUCCCAUGCAGGAGACCCACAUGGGCUAAGAAGGUCUGGGCCGGGACCACAGCAACAGCCUGACCAGUCAUUUCCUGCUACUCACAGGUCCGGAGACUGCAGAGAGCCAAGAUGCACGGCUGCCGGAAGAAAACCAGGGUGCUGUGUGUGAUGAUGAUGCUCAACGUCUUCGUCUUCAUCCUCGUGGGCGUGUCUCGGAACCUGGGCCAGGACAAGGGGAACCAGCGGAAGCUGCGCAUUCCCUCCAAGAGGUUCUGGAGGAAGCAGAUGACCAGCGAGAUCUUUUGGAAUAAGGAGCAGCAGAGGCUGGACUACAUCUACAACCCCAUCCUCAUGUCGGGUUUGACCAAUGACUCCCUCCUGGAGCUACCUGAUUGGCUCAACGACACCAGGUCCCUGGACCCCUGCCAACCAGACUACAGCGUCACCACGCAGGUAAAGGACUACAACUCCCUGCCACCCCGCUUCCAGGACUUCCUGCUGCACAUGCGCUGCCGCUCGUAUCCGAUGAUCAUGGACCAGCCACGCGUGUGCGAGAGCAAACCCUACCUCCUGUUGGCUGUCAAGUCCCUGGCGCCCCACUUCGACCGGCGGCAGGCCAUCCGGGAGUCGUGGGGGCGGGUGGGCGUUCUGGCCAAUCGGACUGUAGCCACGGUCUUCCUCCUUGGCAAUGCCUCGGCAGUCGACCACUUCCCCAACCUGUUUGGGAUGCUCAGUCACGAGGCCAGACUUUAUGGGGACCUCCUCCAGUGGGACUACCGAGACUCCUUCUUCAACCUCACCCUCAAAGAGGUGCUAUUCCUGGACUGGUUCAGCCAGCGUUGCCCCGACGCCCGCUUUGUCUUCAAAGGGGAUGAUGACGUCUUCGUCAACACCUGGAGGAUCUUAGACUUCCUCCACAAUCUUCCAGAGAUCAGGGCCAGGGAUCUGUUCAUAGGGGACGUAAUCACCAACGCCGGCCCGCACCGGGACAAGAAGCUCAAGUACUUCAUCCCAGAGAGUGUAUUUAUGGGGCCAUACCCGCCUUACGCCGGGGGAGGAGGGUUCCUGUACUCUGGGGAACUGGCACUGCAGUUGCACAACAUCUCCCAGCAGGUGGCGCUGUAUCCUAUUGAUGAUGUCUACACAGGGAUGUGUCUCCAGAAGCUGGGCUUGGUCCCAGAGAAGCACAAGGGCUUCAGGACGUUUGACAUUGACGAGAAAUACAGGGGCAACCCGUGCGCGUAUAAGAGCUUAAUGCUCGUGCACAGCAGGACGCCGCAGGAGAUGAUCAAAAUCUGGGCCUGGCUCAGCGAUCCGGAAUUGGACUGUCAGUGAGACAUAUACAUCAUCCCAUAUUACAAUCUAUUCCCUACACAGGGCACUAUUUUUGACCAGAGACCUAUGCACCCUGGUCAAAAGUAGUGUACUAUAUAGGGAAUAGGGGUGCCAUUUGGCAUGCAUCCAAUGGGUCUUUGAGAAAUUUGAUGUUUGAUGUGUUCUAAGAGAAAUCCUCGAGGUUUCGGUAGGAAUGUUGCGUUCACGUGCUAGUUUGACUUGCUAACUAGUUGUAGUUAUCACGUGCCGCGUUCAACCAGUUAACAAGUCGAGCAUUUUUGGUUGCCUAGUUCCGACAAGCACGUCACAAGUCAGUGUGUUCCAGCUUCAGUAGAAUCAGCUGAUAUAUCCCAAGCAUUCCAAAGUAUUUUUUACAUGAACAACCAUUCAUGUACACUUUCCAAGACAGUGUUCGUCAAAUGUAGUAUCAAUUAAUAUAAAUGUACUACUACUGUAUGUACUAUACAGGCACUACUGCAUGCGAGGUCCUUCAUUUGCAAGAAAUGUAAUUUGUCACAAUAACAGUCAUGAAAAUCAACUAUGAUUUUUGGGGGGGGGGUCCAUAUUAAUUUUAAUAGUGACAAGACACUUCUCUACUUGUGGAAAAUGGCAAGUGGUGUGUGAAUGUCAUGCUUAACCUGUUUCUCCAGACUGUUACGCCAAUACACAGGGUGGUGUAUUGCUGUAAGUUCUCUCAAUGGAUCUGACAUUCCUUUGCACUUGAUUCUAGAAACAAACUAUUUAUGUUAUUUGAAAGAUCGCUGGUUUAUUAUAACCCUUAAAGCUGGAAUCCAUAGCGGUGAAUCUACCACGUACGUUUGUGCGAUAUUACAGCAACAAAGAAGUUACUUAAAACAACAAACACAUUUUUUCCCCUUCAUAUUGAACGUCAUUACACACGCGAUAGGACAGCAGAGUACACUGAGUGUACAAAACAUUAAGGACACCUUCCUAAUAUCGAUUUGGACCACCUUUUGCCCUCAGAACAGCCUCAAUUUGUCAGGGCGUGGACUCUACAAGGUGUCGUAAGCGUUCCACAGGG